AUGGAGGAGAUAUUGUCUCCGGAAGUUUUAGGUCUGACGGACCUGACCUGCUGGAGGAACCAGGUCAAGUUGACCCAGUUGGAGGAAGACGACGACAGAAACGAUCUGGAUGAACCAGAUUAUGAACCUCUUAGUAAGGAUUUUGACCCGGAACCCUUCGAAGAGGAGGAGGAGAAAUAUGAAUCUCAAAGUAAGGAUUCUAAUUCUAAUCUUGAAGAAGAUCCCAAUAUUGAUCUUGAAAAUGUGCCUGAAGGACUUAAAGAGGUGCGCAUGCUAUCAGGACUAAAACAUGAAUCAGAGGGUAAUGAGGAUGUUCAAAAUGAAAAUGAAGAUGUUGAACAACCUUUCACAUCCUCACUAGAGGCUGAACGUCUGGAGGCUUACAAGCCAUCUGAACAGACUUACCUUGUCAAGGAAGGUGGUCCUUCAAAUUCUAAGCCCAAAAGAGGCAAGAAACAACAUAAGAAGGGUAAUAAGAAUGGCCCUAGAGUAAAGAAGGAUAAACAACCUUUCAAGAAAAAGGGUAAAAAGAGGCAAAAAGAGAAUUAA